UGUGUUGUUAAUGUGUGUUGUUAAUGUGUGUUGUUAAUGUGUAGUGUGAGUCAGUUCAGCUGAAUGGGAUUUAGUGAUUCUAUCAUCCUCUCCUUUUCUCCUCAGCCUGUAUGUACCAAGCUUGUGUGUGUGUGGGUAUGUGGGUACAUUAGCUUUAGGGUGUCUUGUGUGUGGAAGGAAACAGUGCAGCAAAAGAAAGAUUGAGAGAAAGAGAGAGAGAGAGACAGAGAGAGAGAGAGAGAGAGAGAGAGAGAGAGAGAGAGAGAGAGAGAGGAUGUGUGCUGAGGUCUAGCAGCAGGGAUGAGUUGGUUUGUCAAGCAAGAAAGAACAAUAUCAGGUCACAUGACUCCUCCCUGCCAAUAAGAAAGCAGGGGAGAGGGAGAGAGAGAGAGGGAGAGAGAGAGGGGAGGGAGAGAGAGAGAGGGAGAGAAAGUGAAAGAGAAGCAGAAAGUGAGGAGAAGACUAGCUUGCAGCUUGGAUGCUUUUGUCUCCCUUUAUUUCCCUGCAUCUCUCCUCUUCUCUCUAUUUAGUGCUAGGUCGUUUUGUUCUCCCUCUCUCUCUGUCUCUCUCUGUCUCUCUCUGUCUCUCUCUCUCUAUCUCUCUCUCCCUGUCUCCCUCUCUCCCUGUCUCCCUGUCUCCCUCCAUUCCUCUGCGUGGGCCGGCUGGCUCUCUGGCUGGUGUGUGUGUCGUGCUGACCAUGAGGACUCUCCACAGGUUGAAGUUGAUGAGUUCGACCAGUCUGAGUGACCUGGGGAAGAGUGAGAAGGCUGCAGCCUUGGAGGAGCGGGCCACACAGCACAGGAGGCCUGGGGCCAACGCCACCUGGAACAGCAUCCACAAUGCCGUGAUAUCCGUAUUCCAGAGGAAAGACCUGGGAGAGAAUGAGCUUUUCAUCCUCAAUGAGGGAGUCCGGCAGCUGUUAAAGACCGAGCUGGGCUCCUUCUUCACUGAAUACCUCCAGAACCAGCUUCUCACAAAGGGGAUGGUCAUACUGAGAGAUAAACUACGCUUCUAUGAAGGGCAGAAGCUGCUGGACUCCUUGGCUGAGACCUGGGACUUCUUCUUCUGUGACGUGCUGUCCAUGCUGCAGGCUAUCUUCUACCCUGUCCAGGGGAAGGAACCCUCCGUGAGGCAGCUAGCUCUUCUUCACUUCAGGAACAUCAUCACUCUAAACCUCAAGUUGGAGGACUCUCUGUCCCGACCCCGCGCUCGCAUCCCCCCCUCCAUCAUCCAGAUGCUCCUCAUACUGCAGGGGGUCCAUGAGUCUAAAGGGGUGAGUGAGGACUACCUUCGUCUGGAGGGUCUUCUACAGAAGGUGGUGUCUCCGUACCUGGGCACCCACGGCUUGUUCUCCCCCGACGGCUCCAACAGCCACUGCUCCUGUGUGCUGGAGAAGCGUCUUCAGAAGCGUUGGCCAAGGCCCGGCGACCCCCCCACCAAGAACCCGGUGGUCCGGUCCCAGAGCUACAACAUCCCCAUGCUGACGCCUGUGGUGGAGUACGACCCCGAGGCCUCCUCCACCGGCAGCAUGGGCAUCCGCCGCCACUCCGUCUGCGAGAUGACUUCCUGUCAGGAGGAGCAGAGCUCCAUAUCCGACACCACCAGCUCCUCCCAGGUCUCCACGGCGUCGCUGGCCCAGCCGGGAAGCCCCUCCCUGGGGCAAGAUCCAAGCCUGACAAGGGGGAUCCUGGAGGGACCACAGCUUCAAAUCCAGCUCCAGCCCCGAUCACAUUCCCCCUCAAUCUUCCCCACGCACUCCCCAGGAGGGCUACUGCAAGCUGGGGAGCUGCUGGUGUCUCUGACCACCCCUCCCACCCUUCUCCAAGACACCUCCUUGGAGGCCAGCAGCUCAUCCAGCCCAGAGACUGUGGUGGACCAGCUGCUGGAGUCCAUGGACUCAGACCCAGAUGGCAUCUUCAUAGACUUCCCAUCUACCUGUUCUGGGUCUUCCUCUUACAGCAGGGAAAAUGACCAGCAGAGUGUAGUAUAAGGAAACAAGGGCAUACAGACACAUGUGUACUGUAGAUAUAUGGAUACCUUAUACACACACACACACACACACUAUACACACUUUUCUUAAGUAGAUUUUUCAAAGAAUCUACCCUCCUGGGGUAUUGGGAUUAUUGGGAACUACACUUUUUGUGUUUAAGGAACUUCUGUUUCUAGUUGAUCUCUACCUCUCUGUUGGCUUUUGGAUGCUCUUGAGAUGCCUAAAGAUGCUAUUUUGCUGAAUUCAUACUGAAUACCAGUGUAUUCACAUACAGUACUGUUUUUUCUCAACUAAUCUUUUACCUUUUUGAUGGAUAAUCCCCUUUUUCAAUGUAUGGGACUGUUUCAAUUUAGCGCAUAGUUGGAUGAUAUCCAUAUCAAAGAUGUUAAGUGUGUGUGUUCAGUUAUGAAGACCGUGUAAACAUGACCCAUGAAAGCAAUCUAUCACGGCAGACUUUUUAGUAAAUCGGUUUAUUUUCUAAAGGGAUGAUAUUUUGUUGAUCUUGCACCUCUUUUUACAAAUCUUUUUCUAUACAGAUGGUCGAAAUUGUGUUUUAAUUAAAUUGUAGUCGAACAA